AAUGUGAUGUUACCAACAGAUGUCGCAAAGCAAACAACGUUGCUCAACACUGUUUCCAGUGAAUAUAUUUUUUUUUCAUAAUUGUGUAUUUUUGACAUUUAACAGAGUUAAUAAAGUACAUAAAAUUAUGUUUCAAGGAGCAAUAGUGCGAUAGGAAGCCAGCGUUUAACUAGAGAUAAGUAAACGACACGUAAACAUACUCAUCGGCGGCUCAUCGAUUUGCAAAAUGGCUAGGCAACGACGCAAUGUUAGCACAGCCGGUGAGGGCACAAACUCACAAACGGGCAAUAAUACUACUACAAACAAUACCGCUAAUGGCAGUAAUCCACAAACACCUACUAACAGUAAUAGCCACAACAAAGGUAGCAAAAAUACAGCGAAGCACAAAAAGAACGAUUCCCACUCCACGCAUAGUAGUGGCGGUAAUAGCGGCUCAAGUUCUAGUACGAUUUCCUCGUCAACCUCGGGUGCAAAUAAAAAUAAAGGUGCACACAAAAAACGCAGCAGCUUCUCGUUGUGGCCCAAAUUAAUGUUGGAUAAAUGGAAGACCCUGAUUGGUUUUGUGUGUUUGGGUGUAGCGUCCUAUUUCGGCUACUUAGGUUACCUGGAAACUCGUGUAAAUACACCGUUUGAUAAUGAGAAAAUGGUGACACGCUCUGGGCUGGACGAUCCAGAACGUUAUUGGGGCUCCUAUCGCCCACUUACCUAUUUCGGUAUGAAAACACGCGAUCCACACUCCCUAGUAAUGGGUUUGAUGUGGUACACACCAUCCAAUUUGGGACAUGGUGGUCGCGGCAUACGUCAUUGGUGUGAAAUCGGUGACAAUCUAGAUAAAUACGGUUGGACGCAUCAUGACGGGCGUACAUUUGGUGUACAAGAAAUACAUGAUCUGCCAUUCGAGUUGAAAACUUCUUAUAUAAAGUACCCUGGUGGUAGAAAAUUAGGUGGCGAUUGGACAGCGCGUGUGUCGGUGCGUAAUAUAACUAAAACAUGGGAUCACUCGAUUUCGCUGAUUUGGUAUGUAGCGCUUGACGAGCGCACAAAUGGUCAUAUUAGGUAUAUUUCAAAUGAUAAUAGCCCCGAAGCAGGUGUGUAUGGCGAGACGCUUGGUUUGGGUGAAUUUAAGGUACGCUUUCAACCAAUUAAAGGCAGAAUUCUACACAAAUCUUAUUUAAGCACGGUGGCACCUUCGCUCAGCAAAUUGAAGGAGACUGUAUUCUCACACUUUCGCGUAUUUACUGAUAAGCGCGAAAAUCGCUUUGUGGGUUUACCAGGUGAAAUGAUCUCACAAAAUGGUGUAGUUGCUGCUGACCCCAAUUUCAUUGCCAUACAAAUCACCGCAGAGGUGGACUUCACCAUGGAUAUUAUAUAUCAAUCCACUUCCAGUUUUUCUAAUGAGAAUGUGUCAAAGCCGCCCACAGGCCGCGAGUUUACCAAUUCGUUGCAAGCGAAAUUGUCCGAAUUCGAUAAGCGUUUUGAGGACACAUUCCAUUUAGUUGCCAAAGGUUAUUCGGCUAAAGAGAUAAAAUUCGCCAAAUAUGCCGUUAGCAACUUGAUUGGUGGUAUUGGUUACUUUUAUGGCUCAAGUAAAGUGAAAUCUGUUUAUACGAAGAAACCAGUGCCAUACUGGAAGGCGCCACUUUACACCUCCGUGCCGUCACGUUCAUUCUUUCCACGUGGUUUCUUGUGGGAUGAAGGUUUUCAAACACUACUUAUAUCCUCAUGGGAUUUGGACAUUGCGCUGGAUAUCAUGUGCCAUUGGUUCGAUCUGCUAAACAUAGAAGGUUGGAUACCAAGAGAACAGAUCUUAGGCGUAGAGGCGCUGGCUAAAGUACCGGAAGAAUUCGUCGUACAACAUAACACCAACGCAAAUCCACCGACAUUUUUCCUCACACUGGACAAAAUACUUACACAUCAUAAGAAGGAGCUUUCGGUGAAAGGACGUCUCGACGUGUUGGAGCGGCUCUAUCCACGCCUGCAAACUUGGUUCGCCUGGUACAAUACCACGCAGCGUGGCGAUGUGUUGGGCACUUACUAUUGGCGUGGGCGUAAUGCCUCCAGCGAGACUGAAUUGAACCCCAAAACGCUGACAUCGGGUUUAGAUGAUUACCCGCGUGCCUCGCAUCCCACCAAUUAUGAGCGUCAUGUCGAUCUGCGUUGUUGGAUCGCGCUCGCGGCGAGAGUAAUGAGCGACUUAUCCGACAUACUCGGUAAAGACAGCAUUAAAUACUACGAAACUGCCUCCUUCCUCGCCGACAACCAAUUGCUGAAUGAGCAGCACUUGAGUCCCUUCACCGAGACCUAUGCCGAUUGGGGCCUACACACAGAUGGCGUAGUGCUUAAGCGGCCACAAGUGACCAAACAAAAUCUGAAAAAAUACCAACAACAACAAUUGGAAAUGGUACGCGUCACUAUGAAGCAGCCGGAACGUCAAUUUGUCGAUACCACAUAUGGUUAUGUGAAUCUAUUCCCCUUCCUGCUGCAAAUACUCGACCACGAUUCGGUUUAUCUAGGCAAAUUGCUACGCGAUUUACGUGAUCCCAAUAUGUUGUGGACCAAUUAUGGUCUACGUUCACUAUCGAAGAACUCACCAUUGUAUAUGAAACGUAAUACGGAACAUGAUCCGCCAUAUUGGCGUGGUCCCAUCUGGAUAAAUAUCAAUUAUCUAGCAAUAAGAGCAUUGCAUCAUUACGGCACCGUUGAGGGACCGUAUGCCGCAUUGGCGCGUGAAAUCUACAACGAAUUGCGUGAAAAUGUUGUAGGCAAUCUAUUCAAGGAAUACCAAAGAACCGGCUAUCUGUGGGAGCAAUAUGACGACACCACAGGGCAGGGCAAAGGCUGCUAUCCGUUUACGGGUUGGACUUCACUCGUCGUACUUAUCAUGUCGGAGCAAUAUUGAAAUUAAUAUUUAUAACUUAUUUCAUAAAAUAAUACACAAAUUGUACGUCAAAUAUAUGCAUGCGAACGUACAUAUGUAUAUGUAUGUAUUCUGUAAGUUUUUAUUGUUCAUUGUAAAACGAAAUGAAAAGCCAAUUUGUCAGGUCGAUCUCUUGUACUCGUAAGAGAGAAGUAUAAUCUGCCAAUUUCAAUAUGUUUCAAAACGUGUGUUGUGUGCAAACUGCAAACAGAAAUUAGCAAAACUAAGGCCAAAAAAUUGUGUAAUUAUAAUUCGAAAUAAAUCAAUCAAAACUUAGAAAUGCUUGAAA